CGCGGUAGUGAUGUUGAGGCAGCAGAGCUGAACCAACUGUCAGACAUGUGUCUGCUACUGUCUCGGUGGUGUCUACCACCUAGUGUUGGAGUCUACCACUGAGUUCUGGUAUCUACCACUGAGUUCUGGUAUCUACCACUGAGUUCUGGUGUCUACCACUGAGUUCUGGUGUCUACCACUGAGUGUUGGUAUCUACCACUGAGUGCUGGUGUCUACCACUGAGUGCUGGUGUCUACCAUUAAGUAUUCAUCCUUCAGCCGUUAUCUCACACACUACACGUGGAUGCUGCGCCACUCAGACUGUUGGUCUCGUUAAAUCCAUUUGUGGAAAGUUGAGAAGUCUUCAAAAACUAUUGAUUAGCUGUUUUCAAAACGAGAUUAGCUGUCUUCAUUAGCAAAGAUUAGCUGUCUUCAAGGGCGGAGAUUAGGUGUCUUCAAGAGGAGAUAUUAGAUGUUUUCAAGAGAAGUGAUUAGCUAUAUUAAGAACAGAGAUUAGUUAUAUUCGAGAGCAGAAAUUAACUAUUCAAGAGUAGAAAUUAGUUGUAUUCAAGAGCAGAGAUCAGUUGUAUUCAACAGCAGAGAUCAGUUGUAUUCAAGAGCAAAGAUCAGUUGUAUUCAAGAGCAGAGAUCAGUUGUAUUCAACAGCAGAGAUCAGUUGUAUUCAAGAGCAAAGAUCAGUUGUAUUCAACAGCAGAGAUCAGUUGUAUUCAACAGCAGAGAUCAGUUGUAUUCAACGGCAGAGAUCAGUUGUAUUCAACGGCAGAGAUUAUCUGUAUUCAACGGCAGAGAUCAGUUGUAUUCAACGGCAGAGAUUAGUUGUAUUCAACAGCAGAGAUCAGUUGUAUUCAACGGCAGAGAUAAGUUGUAAUCUACGGCAGAGAUUAGUUGUAUUCAACGGCAGAAAUAAGUCGUAAUCUACGGCAGAGAUCAGUUGUAUUCAACGGCAGAGAUAAGUUGUAAUCUACGGCAGAGAUAAGUUGUAAUCUACGACAGAGAUCAGUUAUAUUCAACAGCAGAAAUAAGUUGCAAUCUACGGCAGAGAUAAGUUGUAAUCUACGGCAGACAUCAGUUAUAUUCAACGGCAGAAAUAAGUUGUAAUCUACGGCAGAGAUUAGUUGUAUUCAACGGCAGAGAUAAGUUGUAAUCUUCGGCAGAGAUCAGUUGUAAUUAACAGCAGAGAUUAACUGUCAGCAAACUCCAGAUCUUCCCAAAACAUGAACAUUCCAGCGAAAGUGGCAGUGAUGGCAGUAACGACUGUGGCUUGUAUGGUGGUAGGUGAGCCUUUACAACCAUUAAAUCAACCAUACUACAACCACGGCCCUUCACACAUCAGACUCGGCGCUGACUACAGCAGUUACCCAUGGCUUUCUUCCCCUCCACCUCUCAUCUAUCCAUCCUACCCUUCACAACAACCAUAUUAUCUUUCACAACAAUCCAACCCUUUGCACCCAUCGUAUCCUACAAAACCACCCUACCCACCGCAAUCAUCCUAUCCUUCACAACCACCCUAUACUACACAGCCACCCUACCCACCACAAUCAUCCUAUCUAUAUUACUGGCAAGAUGACAGCUUGCAGUCUUCUUAUCCCUGGAAAACAUACUAUCCCUACUAUAUGUUUUAUCCCUCCUAUCCCGACUUGAUGAUGACUUCUCCCGUGACAACCAGCAAGCCCUCUGAGUCUUCGGUGUGGCCAACGGGCAGACCAGGGAUCACUAGAACACCUUCCAUCGUUAUCUGGCCCACAGGAAAAGGCAGACGUACAAGGCCACCUUCAAGCCAAGAAUGGCCUACUGAGAAGGCUCACACACCUCAUCUUUCUACCACCAAGAUACCUCUUUGGCCAACUAAAAAGACCACUAGACAACCUUCCGUCCCGGUCUGGCCUAUCCAGAAAUCCACUGCUACCACUAUUCCUCCUUGGCCCACUGGUUCGGUUCAGACCACACGUUUCCCAGCCUACUCAGUCUGGCCAGCUGGACUAAAACAGACCUCCAGGCCUCCGCCGGUCCCUAUCUGGCCAACAGGGCCCCCUCGCACUACAUUACGUCCGGUAACUCCUGGAUGGCCAACUGAUAAGCAACAGGCGUUGAAAUUUACCAGCGCUACUUGGCCAACUGUCAAGUCACAGACAGUCUCACCUUUAGGUCCUGCGUGGCCAACUGUCAAUCCACGAACGAUGUCCCACGGUGUUCCCGAGUUUCCUAUGAGCAUUCCCAAAGCAGUUGCUGUCGGCCCUCGCCUGCACAAGAAAAAACCACGAGCAAGACCUCGAAGUAGCAGCUCUGGCGGUGGGAUAAGGUCAAGGGACGGUUAAAAGGUGAAGGUGGGUCAUCCUAGCCCUCGUGUCACAACCAGUGCCCUACCCACCACCACUGUCAGACACACUACAGCUUAUGCAGUCAAACAGUGAGAUACCUACGCUUAUUCUAUGUAACCUGGUUUAAAUAAGUUAGCAAUAUUUUAUUACGAUCAAUUUACGCGACAAGAUUUAGACAUAAUAAUGAUGGAAAAGCGCUAAAUCCGUAGGGAUUAUACAAGAGAAUGGAAAGCAUUCUGGCUAGAUUCAAGGAAUUAAAGCAAAGAUCCCUUUUUAAUCACUAGCCAUGCUGAUACUGUAAAAGUUUUUUUUUUGUCAUUUGAGAAGCUAUCUGGCAUUUUAUAGUUUGUAAUGCAGAAGACAUUCCGAAUUUAUAAAAUAAAUAUCAAAUGAACAAGUCAUUUUUAUUAACACUGUAGAAGAUAUCUAGAUGUACCAGAGAAGUGUAUAAACUCACACCAUGUUACUGUGCAUUACUACCAUCUUUACUACUUACACUACCAGUACCACUGGAAACAACCAGUAAUACUAACAAUACCACUAGUAACAGUAACAAUACCACUAGGAAUAGUAACAGUACCACUGAUAACAUGAGCUCGACCACUUGCAGUAUAGCUAGUAAUACUAGUAACAGUAACAAGAAAAUACUGCUAGCAGUACCAGAAGCAUCACCUUCGUCACAAUUACUAAGA